AUGAGCAGGGUUAAUGAAUUUCUUGCUGGUGCCGGAACCGAUGCUCCUGAUGUUGAUGAAGAAAACAUAAUCUCUAGGCCUUCAGUUAGUUAUGAUGAUCUGUGGGCAAAGACUCUUUUAGAGACUUCUGAGCUAGAGGAGGAUGAUGGGAGGUCAUCUGGGACAUCUUCCCCAGAAUCAACAGGAUCAGUUGAAACUUCCAUAUCAUCCCACUUUGGUGGAAUGAACUACCCUUCACUUUUCAGUUCACGGCCGGAGAGGUCUGGAGGAAACAGAUAUACCAAUCCAUCUACGGGGGGUCCCUCAUUCAGUGAGGGUUUAGGAUCUCCAAUUAGAGAAGAGCCUCCGCCAUACUCGUCACCUGCCGCACAAAGAUUUGAAUCAUUUGAUAAUCCUUUAGCUGGGCGUGGAUCCCAAAGUUUUGAAUCUCAAGAUGACGAACGCAUUUCUUCUGGAAAUCCUCAACAUGGAACGGCACUUUAUGACUUCACGGCUGGUGGAGAUGAUGAAUUAAAUUUAACAGCGGGUGAAGACGUUGAAAUCGAGUACGAAGUGGAUGGCUGGUUUUAUGUGAAGAAGAAACGCCCUGGGAGGGAUGGAAAAAUGGCUGGGCUGGUCCCAGUCCUCUAUGUUAAUCAGUCGUGA